UUUUGUUUUGUAUUUGUAAUUUCUUAUGUAAUCAAGAAAUUUGGUAUAAUUUUUUUGUUGAAAAGAAAUCAAAUUUUUUUAAAAAUAGCUUCAGUACCAAAGCAAGACUAACUAGAUCAAACUCCAUAUACAACACAUAUCACAUAGUAAUACGAUGUCAGACUCACCAAUUAACAAAUAUCAAUUCACUUUAUCUGAUGAAUCCAAAGAAAGAAUCGCCAAGGUUUUAGAUUAUUCUAAAGUUAUUGCUCAUUAUGGAUUCAUACCAUUUGUAUUAUAUUUAGGAUGGUCAAGUUCAAGUAAUAAACCAUCAUUAUUCAAUUUAUUAAGUCCUUUCCCAUCUGCUUAGAUCUGAUUAAGCUGAAUUCAGUUUUGAGCAAUGAUUAACUUUUUGAUGAUUAGGAUUAUUAUGACGAAGAUUUGUAUUUGAAGAACGAAAGGGUAAUGGUUGAAGGUGGAUACCGUAAGUGAUGGGUUUAAUUAUGAGAAGUAAUGUGAUGACAAUCAGAUGAGACGAUACAAGUCACUCUGAUAUUGUUAUUACUACUAUCAUAGUGAUAAUCCUUUGUAUAUAGUAUAUUUAAUAUUCACUGUUUAGCUUACUUUUUCAAUGAAAAUACAAUAAAAAUAGAUAAAAUA